AUGUCCCAACCUAGUGCCUAUACCGCAGGGCCCUCUUCGCUUCCUCCGAGCUCCCAACCAGACCUCUCCUACGUCGACGAUAUAUUUGAUCCUAACCUUGAUCUAAAUAUUGAUCCUAGUCUCUUUAACAGCCAACAGACUUCUAUAUCAGUGAUAGAGUCUGAGUUCACUCAACCGGCCCUUCUUAAUUGCUCCCUCAAACGUAUCGGCCCCGAUCGGAGAAAGCAGUUUAUCCUCUACGACGCGAUAAACAACACGUCUAAAGCAAAGUUUAUUAAGUGGUGGCGCACAACAGUACGCGGCAGCGAUACUAAGACACAACAAAGGCUACGAUAG